UCUUCUCUCCUAGCAACCCGCACCCACGCCUUGCAAGCGCAAGCCCGCGCCCUCGACGCCCGCAUGCGCGCCAUGCACUCCCUCUCUCAAGCCAUCGCAGUGCUCCUCCGCGCGGGAUUCGAGCGCAACGCCACGGCUUCUCUGGACAAGCUGCGCGCCGUGCGCGGGCGCGUCCAGCGGACACUCGACCUCCAGGCCUGUCUAGCUGCCUACCACGCCCUGAGGGGCUUGCAGGUCGAUAAGCGCGUUGCCCUGGUGAUGCGGUGGGAUGCUGGGGCUGAGCGGCAUAUGACGGCGGUGGGGGAUGCUGUUGGGUUGCUGUGUGAGGGGCAGGCGGAGGGGAGGGGCGAGGAGGUGGAGGAGGUGGAGGACGAGGAUGAGGACGAGGACGAGUACGAGGAGUACGAUUAUUUCGACGAGAGGAGGCACGAGGAGGAGUGGAUCCAGGAGUUCGAGGACGAGGGGGACGAGUAGGAAGAGGAGGAGGCGGCGGGUGAGAAGAACCUCGUUGCUGGAUUGAUCUCCUAGAUGCGGCACCCGGACGGAGUAGGACUGGGUUAGGUGUGGUCGCCAGCCUGCAAGAAAGAACGGGUGGUUCAUUUACCUGGGUCAUGAUGGCGUUCUGGACAAGCCCGAGCAGUGUGCUAUCCGGAUUUGCACUAGUAGCCAUGGCGGCAAGGGUUAUG